UACAUUCCGUUCCUGCUACAGAGACCUAGGUUGUCAGGAUGAGCGUUGGCUGAGCAGACACUCACCCAGCAAGGGAGCCGAGACCCGUCUGCUGACUAGGAUGGACAUAAAGGACAUUUUGCACAAAGGCGAUCUGGGUUCUAGAGAACCCCUUAAUCCUCCUUCCCAUUGCAUGACAUUCCAAGAGGAGAAAUGUAACGACCGACUGAUGGAGCACGACUACUCCGAUCAGGGCCAGCCGGUUCGGCAGUUGUCUCCGCUUCUUGCGUCGGCUGCCGCCUGCAACUUGUGCAACAAAAGAUUUUCCACCAGCCGCGCUCUCAAUUACCACUACGAGCGCUCUCACAAUCAGUUGGGGCCUGAAGAAAUGCGUUCCCGACGCUGUCCAGACUGUGGCAGAUACUUCCCCGGUCUGCUGAGCCUGGAGAAGCACCGGCUACUUCACAGGGGAAAGCGGUCGUUGCAGCUGUCCUACUGGGGCAAGGGGCCGGUGCAGUGCUGCUAUUGCGGUAGCUGCUUCAGCAAGCCCGGCAAACUUAAGGAACAUCAAAAGACUUGCUUUGAGAUCGAAAAACACGAAGAUCUCCCGGCACAAGCAGACGGGCAGAUGAACUGCUUAGAGUGUGGCAUGAGCUUCUUGGACGAGGGAGAGCUGCACCAACACUACAUACAGCAUGCUCGCGGAGAGCUGUAGAGACGAACGUCCCGCUAGCUCAGGAUCCUCUCCGUG